AUGGCCAAUCAAGCGUCUCAUGAAAAACGUAAUGAUGCUCCGUCUACUCGUCCGUCACCUUCAGGUGGCACAAGUGGUGACAACCAUGCACGUAAACGACUAUUUUCUAAAGAGCUUCGCAAUAUGAUGUACGGUUUCGGUGAUGAUCCACAACCUUAUGCUGAAUCGGUUGAAUUACUCGAAGACCUUGUUGUACAAUAUAUAACUGAUAUGACAUUGAAAGCAACUGAAAUCGGUAGUAACAAACAAGGCCGUAUGGUAGUCAAUGAUAUUCUGUAUUUACUUCGACAUGAUCCUAGAAAAUAUGCACGUGUGAAAGAACUUUUAUCUAUGAACGAAGAGUUAAAACGAGCACGAAAAGCUUUCGAUGAACCAUCGAAAGGUCUUGAAUAA